AUGAAUUUCUUAAAUAAAAUAUUUGCAAGUUCACAUAAUAGAAGCUCUUUUUAAAUUGAAGAUGUUUCUGGUUCUGAAGAGGAUCAAGAUGAAAUUCCAGAACACUAAGAAAUUCCAUAAUUUAAGAAAUAAAAUAUCCAACAAUUAUAGAAUUACAAUUCAAGAAAGAAACCAUUACCUAAAAUGGGUUAAGCUGACUUUUUGGCUAAAUAUGAUGAAAAUUUUGAAGAUGUAUUUGGAGAUAAACCUAUAUUUAAUGAUUAGCAUAAAGGAAAAAAAAGAAGAUAAGAAGAAGAAGAUGAUAAUGAUAAUGAAAAUGAUAAUGAGAAAAAAACAUCAAAGAAAAAAACUUAAAGUAAAGAAAGGAAAUAAUAAUCAAAAGAAUAAAAAGAAUCAUAAAAAGAUAAUAAGAAAACAAUAUCUAAAGAAUAAUAAUCAAUAAUGGAUUAUAAAGAUGUUCAAUUAACUAUAGAUUAUAAAGAAUUUAAUGAUAUGAAAGAAUAUAAAGAAUUUAAAGAACCUAUUGAACCAAAAAUAUAAAAUAAACCAAAUAUAAGAUUACCAAAAUUUCCAAAAUAAAGAAAAAGGAUUGCUAAUAAUCAUCUUUCAACAUUAAGAUCAAAUUCUGAUGGACGAGAUAGUGUUAGUAAUAAAGAUAGAGAAUCUAUAUAAAAAAAUAAUAAAUAUAAUCCUAAUGAAAUUGCUUUACCUGAAACAACUCUACCAAAAUCAGAAAAAAAAUAAGAUAAAUCAAAAACCAUGUUUUUUACAUUUGGAUUAAAUAAUAAUAAUGAUGAUGAUAGUGAUUAAGAAAUACAUUAGAAAAUAAAUGAUUUAUUUUAGGAUUAAAAAGAAAAAUAAUAAGAUUAAAAUGAAUAAAAUUCUAAUAAUUAAAUUUCAAUAAAAAAGAAAAAUCCAGAAAAAAAAUAGAAAAAUGAAGAAAAAAAAGAGAAAAAUGAAAAAAGUGAAAAAAAAUAAAGAAAAGAAAAAAAAGAGAAGGAAAAAUAAACAAUUAAUGGUUUUAAUGACAUUAAAGAAAUAUUGAGAAGUGUUAAUAGUAAAUAAAAUAGUGAAUAAAGAGAAACAAGGAAAUUAAAUAGUGAAUAAAGAGACAAAAAAAGAGGAUAAAAGUAAUCAAGAGAAAAUGAUGAUAAGAUUAUUACUAAAUCACCUUCUCCUGAAAUGAAACUCAUUUAAUAUGAAACAUAAAAAAGAGUUAAAAGAAGUUAAAAACGAGUAAUAGAGGAUUUGGAAAUGUUAAAUGUAGAUGAAUUAUCAUUAAAUCCAAAUAUUGUAGAAUGCAAACCUAAUUUAUAUUUAGAUUACGUUCCUGUAUAUGAUUGA